AUGGAAAGCAGAGCACCUCGCGUGGGCCACAAGAAGUCAAGAAAAGGUUGCGCGCAGUGUAAACGACGGCACGUGAAGUGCAACGAAGAAGCACCCUGCUCAAAUUGCGUCCGACAUGGCGUUGCCUGCUCGUUGGCAGGCGGCCCCUACGUUCCCAGAGAGGAUGCAAAAGCACGAAGAAAAUCCACAGCCUCAUCAGACCAUACCAACCCUUCUCGAACAGCCUCGUUGGAGGCCUCCGUGAACAACACAGGCUCCACGUCCGCCGUGGAAAGCCCUUCAGCUCCCAGCCCGUUCACAGUCCUCACUGGACUGAUCGACAGACCGAUCUCAGGUCCAGGUCAAGAACAAAAUUGGCAGCUGGAUCUCCAACUCAUGCAUCACUAUAUGUCGAACACGAAGUUCAUCUUGAACGAGACUCAGGACAUUGACUUUAUAUUACGCAUAUGGCAAGAAGAACUUCCCAAGGUGGCAUUCACUUGCGACUACGUUAUGCACGGCCUGCUGGGAUUCAGCGCAUUACACAAGGCGGUUUUGGACCCAGAGAACGCCCCGAUGCUCCAAGCCAGCGCGGUCGACCAUCUGGACAAAGCGCUGGUGCUGUACAGGCGAGACAGCUCUAUCGGAACACCUGAAAGUGCCAACGCGAAGUUUGCGUUCACAUGGCUGGUGGCUCUUUUUGCAUAUGCGAUACCACCGAGUGUGCCUCCUAUCGAUGCGAUGGUGGAGCUCUUUCUUCUAGUGAAGGGCAUAGAUGCCAUCCUGUCCGAGACUUGGUAUUGGGUGGCACAGGGCCCUUUUGCGGCCAUUCUGACGAGAGGCUUCCAAGAAGCCAUAACACUCUCUCCCGAUGGGAGCAGCAGUACUUACACCAUUCCUGAUGGCAUGGACUUUGGCCUCGCACAUCUCGAUUUCAUGCUGGGAGUUGAUGCCAUGAUUCCGGACGACCGACGAGUCUGCGCAGUGGUCUUGGCCGAACUGAAACAGAUAUACGACUCUGUCCUCCGCUCAGACGGAUCAUGCAGCGUGGCCUCGAUACUGUGCUUUCCCAAGCAGGACCCCGUACCCUUUGCAGAGCUCAUAAGAAGGCGGGUGCCUCAAGCGUUGAUCGUUCUGUCAUAUUACUGCGUUCUGAUGGACGUGUUGGACAAUAGGUGGUGGAUAAACGGGUGGAGUUCUCGAGUGAUUACCGACGUGAUGGGCAGUCUGGACGAGCCCUGGAAACACUGGAUCGAGUGGCCGGUGGAGAGCAUUUUGUACAAACAGGCGACGACAGCAGGGCCGGGCACUGCGGAUAUGGCGAUAGACAGGAUGUUGGUGUGA